AUGCCCUCCGCCUGCGGCCCGCACGUCGCUCGCACCGCGCCGCGUCUUCCAGCGGGCUCAGAGCCAGGCCGACCCCGCACCAGGACCCACCGCGCGCUCCCUCACGGCCUCCUCAGACGGCCAGGAGGCCGCGGGUCGCGCAGCAUGCACCGGAAGUCCACGCCCCAGGAAAACGGGCCUAGCACCACCACCACUGGCCAGCCGCCGCGGGUCGACGUCUCCAGCGACGUCGAGGCCAGCGGAGCUGGGAGCGGGAAGCCGGCGGCCGCGAAGCGCCCGCCACGAGCGAAGCGGGAGUCCCCCGGCGGCAGGCUGACCGAGCGGGAGCCCCAGGGCUUCAGCCUGUUCGAGGAGGACACGUUGGCGGAGGCGUGGUCGCGCGGGCGGUGGCUGCUGGGCCUGCUGGUGCUCCAGAGCUCGUCGUCCUUCGUCCUGGAGAGCUACGAGGGGCUCGUGCGGGAGCACCUCGUCGUGACGCUCUUCCUAACGAUGCUCGUCGGCGCCGGCGGCAACGCCGGGAACCAGAGCGCGAUCCAGGUGAUCCGGCAGCUCGCGACGCGGGAGAUCCGUCCGACGAUGCGCAGCGCGGUGGCGACCAUCCUGAAGCAGGUGCGCGUGGGGCUGCUCCUGGGAGCGGGGCUGUCGGCGGGGGGGUUCGUGCGCGUGUUCGUGACGCAGGGCUCCGUGGUCGACGCGGCGGCGAUCUCGUCGUCGCUGUUCCUGAUCGUGCUGGCCAGCGUCGUGCUCGGGUCCACGCUCCCCUUCGCGCUGGCCAAGGCCGGGCUGGACCCGAUCCACGCGGGCUCGACGAUCCAGGUGAUCAUGGACGUGCUGGGCGUCGUGAUCACGUGCGUGAUGUGCAGCGCGGUGCUCGGGCAGACCGCGGCGGCGCUCGGGGUGUGA